AUAAAAGCACCAGCCUUUGUCUUACAUGAAUGUCCAAAACGGUACGUUUAAGGUCUCUGGCAGCUACUACAGCACUGACCCAAGUACUACUACCACAGCACGUGGUGUCUUCCUAUCUCCCUUUGUAGAACAAUCAUCGGUAAGCCGGUUCUGUUUGGUAAUCCUUUCCUUAUUUGAUUUUGAGUAUGGUGGUUUCAGUAUGAAUCCCCAUGGUUGUUGCUUCUAUGCUCACUUCACUCUGAUUCUUAAUCCCCAUGUUAUCUGAUACAUUUCUUUGAUUUUAGUUCGGAGUAAUCAGUGAGAUAAAAAAGUGUAAAUUAGCAUUUUAAUUUUGUGGGUUUUGUUUCCUUUUAUCAUACCAUGGCUAUUUCAAUGCUCUAUGGAGCUCAAAAUCUGAAACUCACUUCUGGCAUAGCACCGACUUGGUUAGGUUCUGGGGGAAAUUUUCAAUAUGGGUCUUUCCCCAAAAAGGUUUCAGUUAGUUAUGGAAGGAAUUCCAAGGCUAGAAUUUUGGGACCCAUAUGCAGUGUCUCAUCCUCAAGGCCUGCAUCUCAGCCUAGGUUUAUACAGCACAAGCAAGAAGCAUUUUGGUUCUAUAGGUUUUUAUCUAUAGUCUAUGAUCAUGUGAUAAACCCUGGGCAUUGGACUGAGGAUAUGAGAGACGAUGCUCUUGAGCCGGCUGAUCUUUAUGACAGGAAUAUGACAGUGGUAGAUGUUGGAGGUGGAACUGGGUUCACAACACUGGGGAUUGUGAAGCAUGUGGAUGCCAAAAAUGUUACAAUUCUUGACCAAUCACCGCACCAGCUUGCCAAGGCUAAGGAGAAGGAGCCCUUGAAAGAGUGCAAGAUUAUCGAAGGUGAUGCCGAGGAUCUGCCAUUCCCAACUGAUUAUGCGGAUAGAUAUGUCUCUGCUGGAAGUAUAGAGUACUGGCCGGAUCCACAGCGUGGAAUCAAGGAAGCAUACAGGGUACUAAAAAUAGGAGGAAAAGCCUGUCUUAUAGGCCCUGUGUACCCAACCUUCUGGCUGUCUCGUUUUUUCGCAGACAUGUGGAUGCUCUUCCCAACAGAGGAAGAAUACAUUGAGUGGUUCCAAAAGGCAGGUUUCAAAGAUGUUAAACUAAAAAGAAUUGGUCCAAAGUGGUACCGUGGAGUUCGCCGGCAUGGCCUGAUUAUGGGUUGCUCUGUGACAGGUGUGAAGCCCUUAAGUGGGGAUUCCCCUCUCCAGCUUGGUCCAAAGGUUGAGGAUGUGAGGAAGCCCGUCAAUCCAUUUGUGUUUCUUUUCCGGCUAAUUCUUGGAGCAACUGCAGGAGCUUACUAUGUGCUGGUUCCCAUUUACAUGUGGAUCAAAGAUCAAAUUGUUCCAAAGGGCAAACCUAUCUGAAUUGGGAAAGGAUUGUUAGCAUUCUCAUCCUUUUUCAUGAUAACUGUUUGACCAGUGAAUGUCUUGGCAUUGUGCUUCCGAUAUGGAACUCAACAACAUAACUUUGUCAAAACUGUAUUGUCCAAGUGACUAAAUUGAUCCGUAAUGUCAUUUUUCCUUCUUGUUGUAUAACAUUUCACAUUUUUCCUUUUAUUGCUGAGUUGCAUAAUAAUGGGAAAGCUAUUCAUUGCA